UAACGGAGUGUGGCCAUUGCGCCCCCAAAAGAGAACGCAGCUGCCUCCUGCCAGAUCUCAGGCUGGGGCCCACUCAGCUCCACACCCCUGCUGCCACUCUGCCUAGAGAGGCUACAGUGCAGCAGGGUGCCGGGCAGGUGCUCUGCAGAUGGAAGUGGACACUCUGAGCCCUGUGGGGCUGGGCCUCCUGCUGCUGCCUUUCCUGGUCACGCUCCUGGCUGCCCUGUGUGUGCGCUGCCGUGAGCUGCCAGCCUCCUAUGACAGUACUUCCACAGCGAGUGGGAACCCAAGCAGCAUCCUCUUCAAACCACCUCAAACAACCGUCCCCCAUACAUUUGCCUCUUCCUACCCUCUUGUGACUUCCUUUCCACCCCUGAGGCAGCCAGACCUGCUCCCCAUUCCGAGAUCCCCACAGCCCCUCGGGGACUCCCAUCGGAUGCCGUCUUCCCGGCAGGAUUCAGAGGAUGCCAACAGUGUGGCGAGCUACGAGAACCAGGAGCCAGUCUGUGAGACUGCGGAUGAAGAUGAGGAUGAGGAUGACUAUCCCAAUGAAGGCUACCUAGAGGUGCUUCCUGACAGCAGCCCUGCCGCCAUUCCUGUUGUGUCCUCUGCUCCUGUGCCCAGCAACCCUGGCUUCCGAGACAGCGCCUUCUCCAUAGAGUCGGGUGAAGAUUACGUGAACGUCCCUGAGAGUGAGGAGAGUGCCGAAGCGUCUCUGGAUGGGAGCCGGGAGUAUGUAAAUGUGUCCCAGGAGCUGCCACCAGUGACCAGGGCUGAGCCGGCCACUGUGAACUCCCAGGAGGUGGAAGAUGGAGGAGUGGAUGGAGAGGAGGCUCCAGAUUAUGAGAAUCUGCAGGAAGUUAACUGAGAGCCUGGUGAGUGGCCUCUGUCCCCACCCCUGCCUUGGACCCUCUCCCCAGGACCCUCUUCCUGGUCACCCCCAAACGGUUAGGCACAUACUUUGUGGCUCUGGAUGCCCCACUGGUUUCAUGAGUUCAUGACUCU